ACUAGGUGACUCUGGCUAUGUAACCGUAGACCUAGUAAUGUAUGCUACGCUGUCCAUUAUCGAUGGCGCAUGAUUUAUUCUUUCUGGCAAUUCCGUAGAUCGUAUACUACCGUGUUUUCCAGAACAUUCAAAAAUAUUUUGUGAGUGGCAGUUGAGAGGACAUACAUUAUGAAAGCGUGCAUCAUAUCUUGGACAUUAGUGCUCACGCUGACCACCCUUACACCAUGUGUGCUAGCCGCAACCUUCGCCACAGAACUCGUGCUCUUGAGCAAGACAUCCACGUCACUGACCGUCUCUUGGACUGAAGCCUCUGGUAUUACAACUGCAACGUAUUACGUUAUAACGGUGGAUGACUCGUCAAACACGCGCGUACAAACGACGAACAUUACGGACUUGACAACAACCAAUUUGACCGUCACAGCUCUGCAGCAAGCGAAAUCGUAUACAUUUACUUUGACGACGUACGAUUCCGACGAUAUGAUGAUCGGCUCUCAAUACACGUUGCGUGUAGCUACCGUUUACGAUACUUGGAAUACAAAAGCUAUCAUUGCAAUAGCAGUUGCGUCGUUCAUUCUGCUCGUUCUCUGUAUCGCGCAGUUGUGUUCUAUGUUAUCUAAUCAAGAUAAGGACAAAGAAAGGUGGAAGAAAGAAGUUCUUCUGGUGAAGCAAAAACAGAAAGAAGAAAAACGAAAAAACAAAACAGAUAAGAGCCGAAGAACAAGCCGCACAAGAGAAGAUGUGGACGAAGUUGACGUUCCGAUAUAAACACCUAUAAGCCACCGUUUAGUAUGUAGGCCUACUUUAAUCUUCGUAAUCACCAUCAUCGUCGUCAUCAUCAUCAUCAUCAUCAUCAUCAUUAACAACAACAUCAACAGCAACAAAGUCAUCAUAUCGUAGAAUCGCUGUCAUCAUCAUCUGCAUCAUUGUCGAUUCUCCUUUUAACAACAGGUCACGGUAGAAGCAAUGCCUUAAGUAUACUGUUACCAUUUUGUUUUGUUUUUUUGUUAUUAAUAAUCGACCACGAUGACUACUCCAUUACCAAAUAAAUAAAAUACUUAUAUCAAUAGUGUUGAUACAUUUGGUUUGUUUAAAAAGCUAAAUAAUAAAUUGUACUUUAUUAAUCGUCAUUUGCAUAGGGUAUAUUAAAAGUAUAAUGCAUUUUGAUGUUUACAUUCAUGUUUUAUAGACGAUUUUAAGUUCUAUUUUUAGUGUCUGUUUUAUUCAUUUUUUUAAUAAUAAUUCUAAAUGGUAUAUUAGUUUCUUAUAGUAAUUUGAAUUGAUAUAUAUCAGUUUUGGUUAUAAUUUUUAAAUUAAUAUUUUGGGUUUGUUCUUUUUUUUUAUUCCUACUAAAUUUCUUUCAGGUAUUCAUGACAAAUGCAAUGAUGUGUUUGUUUCAAAUAAGCUUUAUUGGAAUAAUGUAUCCGAUGAAUGAACGUCAGAAAAAAUAGAAAGUACACUAACUCUGAACUCUGUCGGUUUGCUAGCAUAUCAUAUUUGAUUCAUGUUACUGUAUUUGUUAUGUUAUUAUUUUAUGUAUAUAAACGAAAAAGUCAACCAUA